AUUCUAUUCUUCCUUCUUUGUUGUCCACAAAAAAGAAGCCUUCUUCUUUAACGUAUAUACAGUACGCCUCUUUCUCUUCUCUUGCUUCUUAAGUCACUUGAGUUGACAUAGCACACUAGUGGCUCUCCUAUAUUUUCAGCACCAAUAACGUUAUGGAUAUCGAGGAGGUCCCAGACUUAAGCGUUACAACACCGGAUUACAUUUCACAGGGUAGCUUAGGACAAAAUCCGAUUUCUGUAACUCCAGUAACUCCAAUGAGGAAAGCAUGGUCAAAAGUUACUCUAAUUUGGGAUAUAUAUUCAGCAGGAACAACUAUAAUGGUGAAGAUAAUAUUUUCAAGAGUAAUUCGCUCUAUACAUGAAAUUCUAAGUUGGAAAUGGAUAUUUGUGGUAUCAUGCAUUGCAGUCUCAUUGGAUCCUUUGUUCCUUUACAUUCCGAUCAUCGAGGGAAACAAGUGCCUUGGAAUCGACAGAAAUUUGAGGAUAGUAACUCUAGUUCUCCGAUCACUUAUAGAUAUCACUUUCAUAACUCACAUUAUUGGUCUAAUUUCUGAUUGGAAAUACUCUGACGGCCCCCAAAGGCACGUCUCCUACUUCGACUCUCACUUUGAGCCAGCAUCAGGCUUGCUUUGGAAACUAAAGUUCCUUAAACAAGCCAUAGCUAAGAGGAUGCCAUGGUUAUCUGGUACUGUCAUGAUCCACUUUCUUGCUAUUCUUCCUAUCCCACAGGUGGCAAUAGUAUAUGUCUUUGCUCUAAUUGGAAGCUCUGAAUUUUUUCUCAAAACUGCGAUUAUCAACUUAUUUCUUGUCUUCCAAUAUUUCCCGAGGGUUUGCCAAAUCUACCUAUCAAGUAAACUCAACAUGACCGGAACACGGGUUAAAGGUGGAUUCAAUUUGUUUUUGUAUAUCCUUGCAAGUCAUGUUAUUGCAGCCUACUGGUAUCUUUUUGCAAUUCAGAGAGAGAUCUCAUGUUGGCACCAGGCUUGUGAAAAAAGUGCAGGAUGCCUAGCAACUUAUGCUUGUGGUGGCAGUACUUCAAUGAAUAUCACAUUCCAAAAUGAGCUUUGCCCAAUAUUUUCACCAAAUACUACAUUAUUUGAUUUUGGAAUAUUUCUUGAUAUUCUUCAGUCUGGUAAUGCAGGAUCAGUAAAUUUCUUGACAAAAUUCUGUUACUCUCUAUGGUGGGGACUAAAAAAUCUAAAGUAGUUUUGGCACAAAUCUCGAAACAAGUAGCUAUUGGUGGGAAAAUUGUUUUGCAAUUCUUAUUUGUGUUGUUGGCUUGGUAUUAUUUUUGUACCUCGUUGGAAAUGUACAGACAUGCAUAUAUGCAGUUUCAAACUACAAAAUCGGCGAGCAUUGAUGACUCAAGACGGACUAGGAUUAAAGCGAAGUAUCGAGAUAUUAAUAAGUGGAUGUCAAAGCAUGGUCUCCCACUCUCCCUGCAGAUAUGAAGACAGCAAUCAGGAAAGACAUAAAAGAAUGGAACAUAGCCGGGAGAUACAUAGAUCAUGAUGUGGAUGUUCGAUUUGUCAAUAACAUUUGUGGAGGAAAUAUCGUAUUAGUCCUGUCGGAAUUUUUCCGGCUAAAUGCUCUAAAGAAAGUACCCAUGCUUCAAACUGUGCCAGAGUUCGGGUUGAUACUUAUCAGCCAAUAUCUCUAUCUAGAAACCUACGAUGAGAAUGCAGUUGUUGCCCGAGCAGGGAAACCGAUUGAUUCGAUGUUCUUCAUUAUAGAUGGCGUGAUUGAUUGGACUGACGAGACUAACAUGGAUACCGAUGCUGAAACCACGGGUUCUUCUUCCUUAUCUAAUAGCAGCAAGCUUAAGAACGGUGAUUAUUUUGGACAAGAACUUUUGAGUUGGGCAGCAUUUAACUAUGGGAGCUCUUAUUUUAGCCCUGUUCCUACUUCAACUCGAGAUGCCAAAUGUCGAACAAAAGUAGAAUUCCUGCAGCUGAGUAGGGGGACGUUAGUAAAUACAGAAGUCCGCGAUUACAUGUCUCAGAGUGAUUCUCUGGCGCACUUGGAGGAGUUGGCAGUUCCCCAUAACCACAUUGAUCAGAUAAUAGACGAGUAUCCAGUUCCUAAGGUGAAAUGGAAAUGUCCUUACCGUGGGUGGCUGAAAGUGAACUGUAGUGCUGUGUGGGAACAUGAAUCAAGAGUGGCAGGCAUGGCUUGGGUUUGCAGGAACGAUGAAGGAGCUUUCGUGGCCGCUGGAAGUCUUGGUGGGAUAAGAUGCAUGGACAGGUUUUUUGCUGAAGCUCUCAGCAUCGCUAAGGCUAUCGAGUUUUGUACCACUAUUAUUGGUGAUGUUUCUGGCGACAACGUCGGCCGCAUAAUUGUGGAGUCUGAUAACCAGGAUCUCAUGGAUUGCUUGCUUCAGCUGCAUGACGAGGACCUAGUUGUACCGAAAACAUACUUGAACAACUCUAGCAUGGAACCGAAUAACCGUAUUGGCGAAAACCUUCGACCAAUCCUUGGGGAUAUUUACAUCCGCUUGGCUCCAGGGUUUAAGGCUAUUACUUAUGUGCAUUGUGACAGCCAAUGUAAUGCAGCUGCUCAUUGCGUGGCAUCUCAUGCCAUGGAUGAUGCUACUGAUUCUUCGUCUUGGUAUGGUCCCGAUCCGGCCCCUAGUUGGCUAAUUCCUGCUCUCACGAAGGAUAGCCCGCAUUGGUACACAUGAUAGAUAGAUCAAGGCUACAUGAGCAUAUGAUCAAGCAGCUAGCUUCUGUAGAUUGAUUUAAGCAAGUCCUCAGCAGUGGACAGCUUGUUGUACUUUACGAGUUUAAGCUAGGAUAGAAUGCAUAAUCCAUACAUGCAUGUGUGCGCAAACUCCAACUGUGUAACGGUAGGAAACCAAGGUUUGGGGCAUGUUCUUGUUUUCUAUCUACUGUUGUUUGAUUUGUAGGUCGAAGACUCGAAGUUAAGCGAUUCCAACUUCUGAUCAUAGUCUUUGUUUCCUUAAUGCUGAAAAAAAGUUACUUUGC